AGCUCGCGGUGAAGAGAGCGCUGCUGUGACAGUGGGAAGCACAAUCCGCGUACAGCCAGCGCGAGGCAAAGACCUACUAACAAGCUGUGAAUAAUGACUGGACGCAAAACGCGCAGCAUGAGAGAUGACUGACCACGCAGCAGCUUGGAACAAAUGACAGAAGAUUACACAUGCUGGGGUUGAAAUGAGAAGAUGCCAGCAGCUGAAAAUGAACCUAAUUUGAUUACAUUUGAGAAUUGAAAGAUGCUGGAGAUUGGUUUCCCUCCAAUGGAUUCCUAAAGUUGCUCCAAGAGAAUCGGCCUCAACGAUUUUACUGAAAGGAUCUCUUGGUGGAAGUCAGCGAGCGGGGGGCCAGGAUGUGGCCCCCUGACCUCGGGCCUCCAGACGUCCAGCUGACUCUUCCUGGUUUUGGAAGUGUGUUUGAGGAUGCGGAGGACCUUCAGGCGCCACCGUCUUCUGGUGGCUUCUGUAAGACCUCGAUACAUUCAGGUGGUCAGGGUGUGUGCUGUCUUCCAAGGUCUUCCCUGUCCCUGUCCUCGCUGGGCCGGGACCUCACCUCCCUGCUCAGCUGUAAGACCGCUGGAUCCCACAUAGAAAAGCCUAUGGAGGACUUUGCCACCACAGCGCACACAGAUCCUAAAAACAACACCCAAAGGUAUAGCUGUUACCCCCAGCCCUCCCUCCCUUUAUCCUAUGUGCUCACUAGCUGUGCCACUUCGCCCCCUUUUGGCUCGCCACCCUCCUCUCUUUCCUCUUCCUCCUCUUCAUCAGCUUCAUUUUUUACCUCUUCCUUGCCUCUUUCUGAUGCACCUGGUGGCAACAAGACUCCUAAUCUACAACGAAAGAUACAGGAGGAGUAUCGCUCAAUAAAACAAGAGCCUGCAGAUGAUUUCUCGCCAUGUAAGAGGGAACCGUUUCAAGUUAACAACCAGCAAGGGGAGCUGUUUUAUGUGGGCCAGCCCCUCCAAGGUCAGGACAGCACCUCACUUCAUUUCCCAAGGCUUAAUGGACCCAUAGGCCACAACCCCACAGUGGACCAACAGGACCAGCCAUGCCACUGGAUCGACUGUAGUGCCACUUACAGCAGUCAGGAGGAGCUGGUGAGGCACAUCGAGAAGGUGCACAUCGACCAACGUAAAGGGGAAGAGUUUUCCUGUUUCUGGACCGGCUGUGUGCGACGCCACAAACCCUUCAACGCUCGCUACAAGCUGCUCAUCCACAUGAGGGUCCACUCUGGAGAAAAACCCAAUAAAUGCAUGUUUGAGGGCUGCUCCAAGGCGUUUUCACGUCUAGAGAACCUGAAGAUCCACCUGAGGAGCCACACAGGAGAGAAACCGUACAUCUGCCAGCAUCCCGGCUGCCUCAAGGCCUUCAGCAACUCCAGUGACCGGGCCAAACACCAGCGCACACAUCUGGACACGAAGCCGUACGCCUGUCAGAUCCCAGGAUGCACCAAACGUUACACCGAUCCCAGCUCGCUACGAAAGCACGUCAAAGCUCAUUCAGCCAAAGGCCUUCAGGAGAGGGAGGUCAAGGUUCAGGUGCACACAAUGCUGGAAUCUGACAUAUUGAGCGAUUGUCUGGCAAGGAAGCAUCUCCACCAAGGAAACGGCUCACCUUUACCCAGCUUAGAUGACUUCACAGGUAGAAACGGUGUGUACUCAAACAGCAGCUCUGUCUACAAUAGGCCAAAUUCUGAGUUUCUCCCUCCAUCAGCAGACACCUGCUCCAGGUAUCGAAGCUUGGAGGGAAACGCCAACUGCCCAAUAUCUUCAAUUACAGGCAAAGGGAGCAUUCGAGAGGGGAACAGACCCACAUCGUUGUUCAUGUCCGCUGACGUCAGCCCCGUGAGCUCCUCGUCAGACAGAGGGGACGUCCAGCUGCAGGGUUACCACAAAACCUACAACCACCAACAAGUAUUCUCCCAGCAGCAAGGAUGUCUGUACGGAGAAGGAAAGGUUGUUCAACCGGUCAGCGAAGAAGGUUUCGAACCUGCCAGUUACUUCACAACCUCCUGCACGUCACACUCUACAGGGUUCGACUUGUUGCAGGACCUGCAGGGCCAGGCCGGGGCCGGCUACUCCAUGUCUCCCUGCUCAGACGACAGCUUCCUUUUCCAGGCGGGAGGCGUCGACCGCUGCCUCAACCAGAUCUACUCCAUCUACCUGGACUCAUGAUGGGCCGCCCAGAACCAAACAAAACUGAAUCAGUAAUCACUUUGUUUUCCUGAGGACAAAAUGCAGCUUGUACAAUGUGUGGCGGCAGACAAUCACAACAACAAUAUACUGUUUAUUCAAGGCUGAAGUUGAAUUGUUCUUCUUGACAGAAAAUAUGUCAGUGGGAGUUUUAAUGGUACAAACAAGAUGUAGAAUUGACUAGAGGCAGAGCUGCGGGCAAAGAGGAAAUCUGUUCGGAUUAUAAAUGUGAAUAGCGAGGGAGUUUUUUUUUUAUUCAGAGAUGGACACAGCAUUUGUGAGCUGGAUAGAAUGAGCUAUGAGCUUUUAUUUGCUGGUUUGAUCUGUUGGAAAGCCAUGUAGCCAGCUCUCUGGCUCUAGUGAGGUUAAAUUCUGCCUCCAGGAAAUGUCAAAACAACAAGAGAAGUUGGUAAACCAUGCAAAGAGGCUAAAACUGGGCUGACGUGGAAUGGUAUCAUGGCCAGAAAGAUGAUAAGUGUAUUUCCCCAAACAGGGGCGUAGCACAAAAUUCUGGGCCCUGUAGAAAGGCAUUUUCUAUGGGCCCCUCCCCGCAUCCACAGCUAAUCAUUCUAGCAUCUUUUUGGGCCCUCCUCACAUGAGGGCCCUGGGUACUUAGUCCCCUUUUUCCCCCCCAGUCCGACGCCCCUGUCCCCAAAAAUCAAACUAUUGAAGGUUGUAGCAUGUAACCAAAGUGUCACUGAGAAACCUCCAACUGCUUGUUAAUUUACAUUUUGCUGCAAAGAAGGGAACUGCAGGAGAACCUGUAGCAAUGCUGCCACCCAGUGUCUGAAUGACUGUAUAUAAAUGUACUUUACCGUCUGUGGUACAGAUCAGUGUGGAUGACUCCUGGGACUUAAAACUGACACACAAAAACAUCAAAAAAUGCACUAAAAUGUAUCGUCUAUGAUUUGUCUGUCAUAGACUGAGUGGUGCCAACAAAUCGGUUCAAUGUAUGUAAUCUAACAACGAACAAGACAAUAUCGUAAUCUCCUUUUUUUAUAUUGUCUCUUCUGUUCCUUCUGUUUGUUGUAUCGGUGUUAUAUUCAGUGAGAGGGAGGUGUGCAUUGUUUACAAUAAGUUCUCUGCACUCUACUACGCUGUCUCAUCACAGAGAAAAUGACCAACCAAAUGUUUACACUGAUUUUGUAGCAAUUCAGAGAUUUUCUUAUUCGUGUUAUUGAACAGUGUAUAUAGACUGUAUAAAAAUGCACCUGUCUUUUAUAUCUAAAUAAAUAAAUUGGUUUGUA